AUGCGCCCCCUCCUCUCACCCCCAUCAUCUCUUGCAGAUACCCAAGAAGUACCCAGUAGACCACGCAACGCAACUUGUUUCCUCUCCAAGUUGGAAGCUAGCCCGUUUUCAGUGACAGGCACCGCCGAAAACCGUGUCGCGGUUCUCCUCUCGCGGUGUGCGUCUUCUUUGUUCUCGAGAAAGUACACGUGCAUCAUUUUUUAUGCAAUGCUUAAUUUGCUUUGUUCUUCUCGCUGCAGCUUUUUGUGGGCAGCACUGGCUGGUUAUCCGGUCCGGUUAAUUUUCCGCCACCGAUUGUCCGACCCGGAGAGCUCUGUGUCAACUGCAGCCAGUGCAGUUACCCGGCCCAUUCUGUCCGUUACCCGGCCCAUGACACAAAAACGCAGCUGCAGACACAAACGUUACUGGUUCCUGGUGCCUGGUGCCUGUGUGCGCGCCGUAUAG